AUGCAUAGUCCAGAUAGAGAUCAUAGUAGACUUGAUACUAGUUAAGGAAUUGGUGAUUACAGCAGUAGUCGUAAUUACAUCACUGAGAGAGGCCCUGCUAUUCAAACUUAAGAUGAAAUAAGCAAAGAUAUUUUGCCUAAAUAAGAAAUUUUUAGAGAAUUCAGAAAGCAAUUUAAAAGAUGUGAUGCAUUAGAAUACACAUCUAAAGAGUAUAUUAGAGCGAUAAUCGAGUCAAGUAUUUUCAUGGUUUUAGCAGGCACUGCUUGUGGAUUAUGGAUUUAUUAUGGUGAUAAUAAGAAGGAUGCUACAAAUUAUAGGGAAUAGGAUUUUAUCUGCGAUACACCAAUUUCUUAUUGGCUAAUCAUCAUGGGAAUUAGCUAUGGCUUUAAUUUUAUUCAUUAUCUCACUACAUUGAUCAUACUGCUUACAAAGAAAUUAAGAUCUAAGCUAACUGUCAUCAUAUUGAGUUUAUUUCACUUUUAUUCAGUAGUGCUAUUCUAAAUCGCUUGGCUAUCUUAUGGUAAUAUAUAUCACUAUAGAGAUAAUAGUAUGAGAUGUAUCUAUGCAAAUGAAGAUUAUCGAGUAAUGUGGAUUCUUUAAAUGAUUUCAAUUGCUUUUGGAUAUGGUAACUUCGCUGAAGUCGGAGCGAUGUUUAUUAGCGGCUGUGUUGCAUUAAUCAUAUACAUUUUCACUAAAAGAAUGCCAGAAUUCGUGGAUAAAAUCCCUCAUGUCUUAGCAAUAAAAUCUCUAAAAUACUUAAGAGGCUAAUGGAGUAUCUAGUGUGCGAUUUGCUUAUCAGACUUUAAGAAUGAAGAAAUGGUUACUUAACUAAAUUGCAAUGAUAAGCAUUAUUAUCACUCAAUGUGCAUAAAAUCUUGGGUCAACAAAAGAGAACACUGCCCUCUAUGCAGCCAGCUAGUUGACUCAAACUAGAUAUGA